GAAAUCAGCUCCAGUGCGAGCUGCUGAUGAUGUGGCAGUUCCGGAGGAUUCCUUCAUGACAGCGCUACAUAUGGAGUUCUCGGAGUUAUCCUCCCGUCUAGGGGAGGACAGCAUGGGGACAGGGGACGAUGGUGAUGAGGAUAUCCUACCCCAGGGGGCGUCCGACAUGGGCUCAGAGGCUAUGCUCAGAUUCUUGAAGGCAAAGCUACGUGUCAUGCAGGAGGAACUUGACAGGCUUGUCCAUGAAAAUCACAAAAAGGAAGAUGAAAUUAGAACACUCAGCCAAAAGGUAAAAGAGAGUGAAGAAGAAAGAAACCGUUUGCUUCGGACCAGCUCAGCCCAGCAGCAGCAGAUAGAUAAGUACAAGAAAAUGGCAGAGGACGCUAAAGCCAAAAGUGAUAGCUUAGAAAACCAGAUGAUAGCCUUAAAAAAGGAGCUGGACCAGAUGAAAAGAAACCAGAAGCAGCAGCAGACGUCACAGUCUGCUACAGAGGUCAGACUCAACAGGGCUUUAGAGGAGAUAGAGAAGUACAGGGAGGAGCUGGGAAAGGCUAAAACCACAUCCAAGGACGCCCAUGAGACAGACAAGAAGAGACUGGACCAACUGAUGUCAGAGAACAAGAGGCUGGAGAAACAGAAGAACGAGCUCAUGUCUGGCUUCAAGAAACAGAUGAAGCUGAUUGACAUUCUCAAGAGGCAGAAGAUGCACAUUGAAGCAGCCAAAAUGCUGCAGUUUUCUGAAGAAGAGUUUGUGAAGGCUUUGGAGUGGGGCAGCUAACAUGAUUGUGAUGCGUGGUGUAUAAUGUGUGAUGUGUGGUGUAUAAUGUGUGAUGUGU